AUGCCAUUAAUACAAGUCACUUAUUCUCCAAGCAAUAGGUCUUGCUGUAGGAAUUGUUAUGAGAAGAUUGCUGAAAAUACUAUAAGGAUAGGGUAUUACGUGAAGAAGGGAGGUACUUUAAAUUAGUUUAUUUUAGGAGGUUAUACAAACAUCCAAUGGUAUCACGAGAAAUGUUUCACUAAAGCCAACUUAUGGGGAGUUACUGAUAUUGAAUUGACAGGAUUAGAGGAAUUGAGUGGGCAAGAUAGAUUGAGAAUAAAAGAGAAAUUUGAGGCUAUUCAAAGUAAGAAAAAUCCUGUAAAAUUUUGA